AUGAAGAACUUGAAACAAGAUGGGAUUUCAAGCUUUUUUUGGCUCACUAAUUCUUGGAAGAUAUACUCAGAAGCAAAGGCAGGGCUGGAAGUCGUACCUGUUUUCAUAAUGGUUGAUCCUGAGAGAGAUAAUGUUGAACAAGUAUGUGAAUGUGUGAAAGAAUUUCACCCAGACUUAAUAGGCUUGACUGGUACAGCAGAUGAGAUUAGACCAGUUGCUCAUGCUUUUCGAGUCUAUUACAUGAAGAUGGAGCAGGAGGGUUCUGACUACCUUGUCGACCACUCUAUUGUUAUGUGCUUGAUGAACCCAAACAUGGAGCUUGUCAAAUUUUUUGGCAAGAAUUAUGAUGCUGAUGCACUUGCAGAAGGUGUGGUCAAAGAGAUCAAAGCAUGCACAUGGUAGAUACAAAGGCAUUCUUUUUCCACAUGCCAAGUGGGCAUGUCGAUUUUGCUAUCCAAAACUCAACUUAUUUGUGAAUUAAUCAUUAAUGCAUUCAUUCAUGUGUUAGGCAUCAUAGUUCUACGGCAACCAUGUUUCUCGGUGUGAUUUUGAGUUGGUAAUAAGCUGUAGGACUGUACAAAAGUAUUGUUUCAUAAGCAUCCUCUUCUAACUCAUACAGAGAGUUCGACCUCACAUGCAUAAGAGUAUUCCCAUCAUGUAUGUAUCUUGGUUAUUUAAUAGUUAGAGGAUCUAUUGAUCAGCUUGACAAAA